UUCCCUUGAUUCGUCACAUUCGCUCAAACGUCGAGGUCAGGACAGUUGGAGGAAUCAUCCUUGCACAGACGGUAUCAGAACCAUGAAGUUGUUUAUCGCACUCGUUGUUCUGGUCGGAGCAGUUUAUGCAGACUAUGAUUUCGCCCCCAGCGAAGGUUGCAUGAAACUAAAACUUCACCAGCAUUCUCAUAGUGCGGGUGCCAUCAAGAAUGCGAACGGUGGAGAUAAGAAAUUCACUGAUGUCCAAUGCCGUGAUGCGUGCCGUGAUGAGCCAGAUUGCAAGGCCGUCGACUACCGUGGAUACGACAGCCUUUGCUUCAUGCACAAGUCCGAGACGACACUGAUUCCGGCCACCGCGGACUCAACUGGUUCGCCGUCCGGUUAUCGGACCGUAUCCCAAUACAGGAAGGAGGGAACCUGUGAAGCGAAUCCUGACGAGGAUUGUAUGAUCCAUUACCCUGGCAAGCACGCCCACGGUGCGUAUCCAAUUAAAGGCGCUGAUGGCAAAGAACGAGGUUGGACCGCAGAUAGCUGCAGCGACUACUGCGCCGGAGCGGCCGACUGCAAGGCUGUCGACUACGUUGGAGCUGACACAACCUGUCACCUCCACACGAGUUAUCAGCCACUUAUAGAUGUGACAGAGGCUAGCACAGGACAAGUUCAGUACAAUACGGUAUCAGAAUACAGGAAGAGGGAAGGCGUCAGUGUCUGUCCAGGCUAUUAAAAGAACAUCGUGCCAUAACAUUCCUACUGGAAUUUGGACAACAAGAACGCCAGAGAAAUACUUCGAAUUCCCAGUCCAAUGUUUAUCUUAGAAUAAACUUAUUUUAAGCCUAGAAA